AUGCGCGGCCGGAGGAACGAUGAGAGCGACGCGAGUUCCGGCUUGAGCGGUCCGCGGACGGAGCGAUCGGUGGCCCAAGACGCGAGAGUCAAGCGUUCCCAGGGCUUCUGGUGGCAGAUCGACGCGCUCACGCGGAAGGCCGCGGUGUACGAGCGCCGGCGCUGGCCCGUGUCGGUCGUCAUCCUGCUCAUCCCGGUCAUCGUCUGCGUCGUCCUCUGGGGGCUCCAGCUCGCCAUCGACACGAUGAUCACGUCCAACCCGAACACCAAGUGCGGGUGCCGGUGUCUCGAGUGCUGUCAGUUCGUCGAGAACCCUGACACAGGCCGCAAGGAGGAGGUAUGCUUCGAGAGCGGCGCCGAGGUGUUUGGGCAGCAGGUGUUUUGCUCGCCGUACGCAGAGUGCAAGCGCGAGGACCCCACGGAGUGCGGCUUCACGUACUCGAACAUCGCCCAGGUCGCCUUCUGCGACGUCUACCACCCCGCGCUCUGGCCCGCCGUCAUGUCCUUCCCGGCGGACCAGUACCGCGACCAGAAGCUGUCGCCGCCCUUCCCCCAGGAGCCCCCGGGCCUUCCGCGCGACUGGGCGCUGAUGACGUGGAGCGCCGACCCCGCGGCGGAGCGCGUCGCUGCCCGCGUGAUGCCGCAGCUGCUCAAACCCGUCCGGCCGCUGCAGACGCGCUUCUUCGAGCUCGCGCCGCUGCUCCCGGAGUUCCGCACGCUCCAGACCGAGCUCGUCGCCAACCGCAACAACAUCUCCGUCCUCAACGAGGGCGCUCUCUUGAUGAAUGCCUCUCUGCUCUUUGCACAAGCCAUGUCGCAGUCCGAGGCAGUGCUCGGGUCGGACGCCGGCAUCGGCGUCACGCUCAUGGUCGACUCCGCGUUCUACUCCGAGGCCGGCGCGAUCGGAGAGCUCGAUAUGGACGACCUCACCGUUGAUCUAUCUGCACCGCCGCCGGAGCCGCGUCCGUUGUACUACGUGUCCGCGAACUGCUCGGAGCUGUCGCGCGGGGACCGCGCCGUGCUGGACCUGCUCAGUCGGGAGGCGUCGCGUGGGCUGUCUGCGGUGUCGGAGGGCGAGGGCGGGCCGACGAUGGAGUGUGCAUCGGCGGGGUUGGUGCGGCGAGGGAGUGUGCAGGAGCUGACGGGGGAGCUGUACUGCGGGUGGCGCACGUCGUCGUGCGUCUUCACGGAUCCCGAGUUCGUCAAGUAUGCCGGAUCGCCGGAGCGCGCGGACGACGCGAUUCGCAAGUACCCGUCGGCAAUCUACGAGUGGAGGUCUGCGGAGCUGUCCCCCGAGCGCACCGACAUCGACGUCGUGGUGCACGUCAACAGCAGCGUCAUCGCGCAGCCGUUCGGGGCGCAGGGCGCUCCUGCGACGCAACGGUGGAACACGCCCGUGAGCCUGCUGGUCAACGCCGUGCUGCGGUCGUCCGCGGUGGAGAACGCAGAGAAGCGCAUUCGCAUGAUUGGCUUCCGCGACAUGCCGGUUCAACCAGCGAAGCUCGAACUCGCUCUCUCUGUGCUCCUCGGACCGCUCCUGUUCAUGUGGGCGAUGCAGAUGAUCGUGCCGGUGAUGCUGUUCACGAUCUGCUCGGAGAAGGAGCAGGACCUCCGCGCGAUGAUGCGCCUCCACGGCCUGCGCGACUGGCCGUACUACGUUGUGCUGUACGGGUGGCACCUGCUGCUGUACACGGGCUUCAUGGCGCUGUUCUGGGCCGUCGGGUGGUCCGUGGGGCUGUCGAUCUUCGUAUACACCAAGUGGUCGCUCCAGCUCGCCAUCUAUUUCGUCUGGGGCAACCUGUCGUGCGCCUGGUCGAUGGCCAUGGGCGCGAUGGCCUCCCACGCGCGCUUCGUGGUGCUGACGUUCCUCGUGUGGCUCCUGCUCUCGGGCUUCCUGGCGGGCUGGGUGCAGUCGUUCCUGAUCGAGAGCGGCCCGCUGUGGGCGUCUCGAAUGAUGCAAAUCCACCCCUCGUUCGGGCUCUUCCGGCUGGUGUACGAGAUGGCCGCGUACUCCUUCGUCGCGGUCCGCAACGGGGACGAGGGCGUCGGCGAGGAGUGGAGCAACCUGUCGGACGAGGGGAACGACACGUCGCUGGUCCUGGUCAUCAUGGCGGUGCAGUGGGGGGUGUUUUUGACCUUUGCGUGGUACAUUGAACAGGUCACGAGCUCCGGGACGGGCGUCGCGAAGCACUGGCUGUUCCCGCUCGGGCUCCGGCGCGGGGAGAAGAAGCAGGCCGCUCGCCGGGACGGCGGCCGCAAGGCGGGCUCGUCCGGGCAGAAGAAUGACCGCAGUGACUUGGGGGGUGUUGCUGCUGACGUCAACGACUUUCCGUGGGUGAUCGGCGGCAGGCGGCGCACGACGAAGCUCGAGGCUCUGCAGAUGCAGGCGCUCGACAUCGAGGACGGCGAAGCGGCGGCGGCAGACGCCGCGGCGACCGGGAGCCAGGCGCCGCAGAACGGCGCUGCGACUGCGGAUGGGGCGGGCGCGGUGCCGCCGAUCGAGCGGCUCCUGUCCCUGGGGACGCUGGGUGCGGAGCCGGUGGACGUGGCGUGCGAGCGCGCGUCGACAGCUGCGCUGGCGGCCGCGGUCGACCGUGGCAGCUUGGACGCGCCAGCAAUCCUGAUUCAAGGUCUGCGGAAGGACUACCGGAGCCGCGGCCACACGCACACGGCCGUGCACGACCUCACGCUGGCCAUCCCGACGGCAUCGUGCUUCGGGCUCCUGGGCCCCAAUGGCGCUGGGAAGACCACGACGAUCAAGAUGAUGGAGGGCUUCAUCGAGGCCACGAACGGCCGGGUGCUCGUGGAGGGGCUCGACGUCGCCAACGACAUGGACAAGAUCUUCCCACUCCUCGGCGUCUGUCCGCAGCACGACAUCGUGUGGCCGUCGCUCACGCCGCGCGAGCACCUGUACUUCUACGGCCGCCUCAAGGGCCUCCGUGGACACGAGCUGACUCGCGCCGUCGAGGACGGACUGACGUCAGUGGACCUCCUGCAGCAGGGCCUGGCCGAGAAGCGUGCGCGGCAGCUCUCAGGCGGACAGCGCCGGCGGCUGUCCGUGGCGAUCGCGCUGAUCGGUGAUCCCAAGGUGGUGUUCAUGGACGAGCCGAGCACGGGCCUGGACCCGGCCUCGCGGCGGCUGCUGUGGAACUGCGUUCGUCGUGCGCGGGAGCGGUGCGCAGUGGUGCUCUCCACGCACUCCAUGGAGGAGGCCGAGGCGCUCUGCGACCGCAUCGGAAUCAUCCUUGGCGGCAGGCUCGCGUGCGUCGGCACCGCGCAGGAGCUCACGAACAGGUACAGCUCGCAGCUGCUGCUCUCCGUCCAGGUCGAGGGCGGCGAGGACGACGUCGACGCCGUCAUCCAGGCUGCGACCGCCGGGCUGGCGUCCGGCGCCCUGCACGUGGUGUACCGCCUCGGAGGCUCGGUGCGCAUGGAGAUGGACCGCCGCAACGUGCCGCUGUCCGAGGUGCUGACGUUCGUGGGGAAGCUCGCGCAGGAGUCCGCGAUCACCGACUGGGCCGUGUCGCACGCCACGCUCGAGUCGGUCUUCCUGCACAUCACGCAGCAGGGCGGGGCCAGCGCCGACGCGUAG